AUUGGAUGCGGAUGUGGCGCGCAUUAUCAAAACUUCCAGUCGUAUGAAGCCCAACGCUCUAUUUGUUUCACUUAGGAGGACUGUUACGCAAGCUUAGAUUCUGUCCUGAAGGUAGCGGUCCGACAGUGUGAUCACAAUAUUGAUCAAUAACCGAAAUAGAACCUUAACAGGCAAUUUUUCUUUUUAAAUAUCAUAGCCAAAUACAGAACAACAAAUGACCGAAACUGAAGGAGCGGUCAUCUAUCGACGUAAUGUUGUGAAGGAAACCAGUAGCCUACCAGGGACUACUGAUAAUGUUGAUAAUGAACAGGAAUCUGAUACUGAAUCCAAAGAAGUAAGAUUAACACUUAUGGAAGAAAUAUUGUUGUUGGGGCUGAAAGAUCGAGAGGGGUACUUAUCAUUUUGGAAUGAUAGUGUAUGUUGUGGACUCCGGGGAUGCAUACUUGUUGAACUUGGUCUUAGAAAUCGUAUUGGACUUGAGCCAAGUGGGAUGCGUCGUAGAAGCCUGUCAUCUAGAUGCAUCGUCGUCAAGAAAAGCGUACCGACUGGCGAUGCAUUACUAGAUGAAGCUCUCAAACACAUUAAAGAGAACAAGCCUGAAAACACCAAGACAUGGAUUGAAUACCUCAGUGGCGAAACGUGGAAUCCGUUUAAAUUACCGCUACAGCUCCGCAAUGUUAGGGAAAGGAUAGCAAAAAAUCUCGUGGAAAAACGCAUAUGCACUACAGAAAAACAAAAUUUUAUUCUUUUUGAUAUGAUGACGCACCCUUUGAUAGACCUUGGGAGUAAACAACGUGUAAUUAGUCGUAUUCAGGAUGUCGUCCUUAAUAAAUGGAGCAUAGAUGUUCAGAAAAUUGAUAGGCGACUACUCUCUCUUGUGCUUUUGUCUCAUUAUUCCGAUGUUCUAGAAAGUGCUUUGCAGCAUCUCCCAGACAAUGUUUAUGAUCUUGCCAGAAAGCGAGUUGAUGAUGCACUGCAACUAGACUUCUUUUCAGAGGCCAAUAAAGAAGGUUCUUGUGAAAUGCUGUGGGCGGUUAUGGCCGCCCUUAAUUCUUAA